AUGCGAAUGCUAGAUGACAAGACAUCAAAUGACGUCGAAGUGUCCAAGGGAGAUCAGGACUCUAUCAACAAAUUUUCGAGAUUGAACAACAAGAGCGCAGAUCUGGAACAAAGGCUAGAAAAGCUGCGGGACGAGAAGGAGGCCUUGAGCGAUGCUGUAGGAGAGCUGGAGUUGCUGGAGUUGGAUGAGGACGAAGAUGACCUGGCGGAGGACGAUGAUGACUUGGAAGAAGACGCGAAAGAUGAAAAGGCGACAGGUGGAGCUUCAGAGGUUGGCAAAGUCAUGUUCAAAGUUGGUGACGCAUACAUGCACCUCAAGCCAAGUGAAGCCGCUGAAAUGGCCAACGUCGAGUCGGAAAGGCUGACAGCCGAGGUCGAGAGGCUGGAAAAGGAAAAGGCAUCGUGUGAGGAGGGUAUGAGAGAAUUGAAGGUUAAGCUCUACGCCAAAUUUGGUGAUAACAUCAACUUAGAGCGCUGA